AGCCGUUUCCUGACCGAAGAAAAGAUGUGGAGUGGGCUGCUGCCUCCUGGUCUAAAUGAAAGUGAUGUUGAGUCAAAUUCUGAAGAUGAAGCCACACCGGAUAACUCUGAACUUAACUCCCAAGACGGUGAAGAGGAUGGGACUGUUAGGAACACAGAAAUCUCAGAUUUACCCACAGAUGGACCAAAAGCUGAAACAGAGAUGAUUGUAAAUGCAUAUGAGGCGUGUCCUUCUGGAAUUCCCUUAAACAUGUGGAAUAAAUUUCAAGAAUUGCAUAAAAAACAUUCUGAACAGAAAAUCUCAACCUCAAAAUUUAGAGGGAAAAAAAGGAAACGCUCCAGAAAAGAUAAGUUGAAGAAUGAAAAAGAAUCUCAUGGUGAACAGUCCUCAAAUGAAACCCAGUGGAAGGAGUUUACUCAGUAUUUUGGAGUCAAUGAUCGAUUGGAACCCCCUGUUAAAAAGAAAAAAGUUGAAAAAUCGGGCCUCGAGAAGAGGAAUGACCAGGCUGUGGAGGAGUGGGACGUUGAGAAGGCCGAGGAGCUCAGCAACCAGCUGGCUACUCGCAAGCUUGGUGUGAAAAUUGCCAAAGCAAUUGCCUGCCACAAGUUUAUAAAAGCCAAAAUGGAGACUGAGAAUUCACAGGCUGCUCGAAAAAAGAAGAAGCUUGCAUGGGGGUUUGAAGCAAAGAAGAGAUGGGAAACCAAAAGCAACAUGGGAUAUAUGUGACUUGGUGCUGCUGCAAGAUGCCUGUGGACUCUGUGCUCGAUUCCUGAGAACACCUCCUGCUCAUGUUAAUGUGUCAGGAAAUUGAGAAAAGUAGGAAAAAAUAAGCAUAAAAUUUGGGAGUUGGUUAUCAGCCCUUUUCAAUCUUUUUUUCUAAGGAGUUCAUGUUAUUGAAGUGAAUGAAG